AUGCACCCGACCGACACGCCUGUUAGCGCAGGCACUACCCUUCGCGACCAGGAAUCCCAUACCCACGAAACCGCCCCAGAGAGCACCCCAAGGCCAAAAGACGAGUCGCGCCCGAGCAACGAUGCGCCCUCGGCCAAGGAUGCCACCGCUGCCAAUCAGUCGACAGACGAAAAGAAGCCCGGCCAAGUCACCACAAACGACGACAACACCAGCGAGCCCGAUGCCGAAGACGAGUCCAAGUACCUCACUGGCUUCAAGCUGGCCAUCCUCUCGGUCGGACUGUGUCUCACCACCUUUGUCAUCGCACUCGACAACACAAUCAUCGCCACCGCCAUCCCCAAAAUCACCAGUGUCUUCAACAGUCUCGACGACGUGGGAUGGUAUGGCUCGGCCUAUCUCCUCACCACCACUUCGCUGCAGCCCUCUUUCGGCAGAGUAUACACCUAUUUCGACGUCAAGUACACCUACCUCUCCGCACUCGUCAUCUUCGAGGUCGGCUCCAUCAUCUGCGCCGCCGCAACCAGCUCAGCCAUGUUCAUCAUUGGACGAGCUGUCGCCGGUGCUGGUGCUGCCGCCCUCUACUCUGGCGGAAUGACCAUUAUCGGCUUCUCCGUGCCCCUGAGGAAACGGGCCAUCUACAUUGCCGCGCUAUCCUCCAUGUUCGGCAUCGCCUCGGUCGUCGGUCCCAUUCUUGGAGGCGCCUUUACAGACAAGCUCUCGUGGACCUGGUGCUUUUGGAUCAAUCUCCCCUUUGGCGCCAUCUCCCUCGCAGUCGUCUUCUUCUUCUUUACCAAUCCCAAACGCCAAUACUCCCACCUUCCGGUUGCCGAGCGGCUCAAGAACAUUGACAUUGCCGGCGCCAUAUUCCUCAUCUGCGCCAUUGUCAGUCUGCUUCUGGCACUGCAAUGGGGCGGCUUCUCUUACCCUUGGAGUAACUCCAAAGUAUGGGGUACAUUGCUGAGCUUUGGCCUGCUCAUCACCGUCUUCAUUGCUCUACAGAUUCGACAAAAAGAACGCGCCACAAUCCCUCUCCGUGUUUUUACUCAACGUACCGUACUCGUUAGUUGCUUAUACUCGGCCUUGCUGUCCAUGGCCUUGUAUACCCACAUCUUCUACCUGCCCUUCUACUUCCAAGCAAUCAAAGGCACCUCGGCCGAGGAAUCAGGUAUCCGCACCAUCGCAUACCUCGUCAGCAUCACCUGUUCCUCCAUUGUCAUCGGCAGCCUGAUCACCAUUGUCGGGUGGUAUGCACCCUUCAUGUGGUUCGGCAGCGCUAUUUUCGCCGUCGGAGCCGGCAUGUUGUACACACUCAAAGUCGGCUCCCCCGCCGGCCAAUGGAUCGGCUACCAAAUCCUCGCUGGUAUCGGCGCCGGCGCUGGCGUGCAGAUUCCUUUUAUUGCCGUGCAGGUCGUCACAAACGAAAAGGACAUGCCGUCCGCAAACGCAUGCGUCAUGUUUUUCAAUUCCCUCGGCGGCGCCCUAUCCAUCUCCAUUGCACAGAACAUCUUUGUCAAUUCCCUGACAAAGGAAAUCCCAAAGUAUGCCCCUGGUAUUGAUGCUAGGGUCGUUGCCCACGCAGGCGCCACCAACCUGAGAAACGUCGUGCCCAAGGAGCUGUUGCCGGGCGUGCUGCAUGGAUACAACAAUUCCAUUGUUACGGCGUUUAUACUCGCCAUCGCAACCAGUGGUAUUGCGUUUUUCGUGAGCCUGGGCAUGGAGCAGAAGAGUGUCAAGGGGAAGAAGAUUAUGGCGGCUGGUGGAGCGUAA